AUGCCUCUCUUCUCCCAAGUCUCCAUUGCUCAAGAGCUCCGCCCCCGCCGCGCGCCUCCGCCUACUCCUCCUCUCCAGUGAUACAUACGUCCGCCAUGACUGCGAGGAGGAGGAGGGAGAUGUCCAAGUAGGAGAAGCCUUGGCCACCGGCAAGAUACAUUGUCCUUCUGCUCCGAUCCUCUGCUUCAAAAACCCUUCAACCCCCACCUGCUCGCUUCAAAACCCCCUUCCAAGAACAAGAAAAGCAUCUUCUAUGAAUCGCCAUGGCCCCAAAGAAAGAACAGCCAGUGAAGGAGCCCCCUGCAUCAGAUGAAUUCGAUCUCGUGCUGAAUGAUUUGCCUGAAAGCUACAAGAAGCUCAUGGAGGACGCCAUUCCAACAAGAUUAGAACAGAUAAUCAUACAGGAAGCUCCGUCCAAUAGCAAAGGCAAAAAGCUCUUCUCCAAGGUUGCUGAGAGACUCUACACGCCCAAAGGUGGGACUUUUCUGGUGAAGUUGAAGCCGACCAAGAGCAGUCCAGAUGAGGAAAUCGUAACACUCCUGUUCCGAUGGAAAGACCUCUACUUUGAGGCCUUUCAUGCUAAAGGAAAAUGGUAUAGGAUGAGCGACGCUGAAGAGAGUCUGCCUCCGCGUUCUCAACUGCACUACUCCAAGAAGGAGAAGGAAGGGGUAUUUAAUAUGAACAAUAUUAGCACAAGUUAUAAUGAUGUAGGUGGCCAUAACAUUGAAGUAGGCAGAAGGGCAUUCAAGAAUUGUCACCAAUCCCUACUCAUGGCAGAAGAGUUGGUCAGACAGAAGCGCCUGAAGGAAGAACUUGGGUCAGGCCCAUUGAGUCUGCCGGUCGUGACCAUCUCAGAAUCCAUCCGCUUCCCGCUCUUGCAGCGAUGGGUUUUAGGCACUUUCUCUGCACCUCCUACAGCUAAGUCUGAGAAGAAGGUUCCUAAGAAAUUUUCCUGUGAGUUCAACGAAUGGGGCAAGUACUCUCGUGCUUUGUUCACACAGGAGCUUCCAGUUGGCUGUGAACUAACUUUUGCUCAGAUUGCUGAAAAACUGCGGGUACUCAAGUACAGAGCGGCAUGGGUGCCUCAACCAGCACAGAAGCAUGUCAAGGACGUGUAACUGGAGUAGCUGGAGACCAGCUGAUCUUUUCGCGUGGAGAAACCCUACAUGCCAUUUUGGACAUUCUGUUUGUGUAGGAGUCCUGGAGUAGCUAAGUUGGUCUUAAUUAAUAUGUUUCAGUUAGCCAUAUGCUGGUAUCUCUGUUCUUUUGACAAGACAUGUACAUUGAUAUCAGUCAUUUUUGUAAGGAUCUUUCCCCC